AAAAGGAAACAGCUUCAAUAGUGCGUUGAUUAAUAGGCAGAAUUUAUUUAUUGCUACUUUUCAGCGAGAGAAUAGAAAUGGCCUUGAAAUAUUGAUCCAAAUGAAGGAAACAGAAAACCCGGAAAUGUUUCAGGCUCACCAGGAUUCCUUCCAAGACCUCGUAAAAGCAUGGAAAAACAACCGAUUCCAGAACCUGAAACCGUCCGAUGUUUUCUUCCCAAGUUCCGUCAAAGGUUUCAUAGGAAUCUGUUUUCUCGCCGCAAUUUCUUUCUUUUCUUUCCUCCUCUUCUGGGAAUUAUGGGUUAGCCGUUUCCAUUUCCACCCACACAUAUUCAUACACACUCCGACAACCUCGGAGCUGAAGAUCACUAGUCAUGGCGGCGGCCACCGCCGCCAGCCGACGAACAUUUCGCAUAUUCUUUUCGGCAUCAGCGGGUCCGCCGGGACGUGGGAUGCUCGGCGGCACUACUGCGAAGUCUGGUGGAAACCGGGGGUGAUGCGCGGGUUCGUCUGGCUCGAUCAGCCGCCGCCGGAAAAUGAAACGUGGCCGGAAACUUCCCCGCGCUUCCGUGUUUCACAGAACACGUCCAGGUUCCAAUACACCUGCCCGUAUGGUUCAAGAGCGGCGGUACGGAUUGCCCGGAUCGUGAAAGAGAGCUUCGAGCUAGGCAUGGAGAACGUGCGGUGGUUCGUGAUGGGAGACGACGACACCGUGUUCUUCCCGGAGAAUCUGGUGACAGUGUUGUCUAAGUAUGACCAUAGGCAAAUGUAUUACAUUGGGAGCCAUUCGGAGAGCGUGGAGCAAGCGGAGGUCCACUCGUACGGUAUGGCGUACGGCGGCGGAGGAUUUGCCAUUAGCUAUCCGCUUGCGGCGGAGCUCGUUAGGGUUUUAGAUGGGUGCAUUGAUAGGUAUGCCGAACUAUACGGCUCCGAUCAGAAAAUCGCUGGGUGUAUGACCGAGCUUGGCGUCCCCCUCACAAAAGAACUUGGGUUUCACCAGAUGGACAUAAGAAGAGACCCGUACGGGCUGCUGGCAGCGCACCCGGUGGCGCCGCUAGUAUCACUGCACCAUUUGGAGUACGUAGAGUCACUAUUCCCCUACAAAAGCCACGACGAGUCGGUCCGCAAACUGGUGGAAGCCUACAAGGCCGACCCGGCCCGGACACUACAACUAACUUUCUGCUACGACCUGAGGAGAAACUGGUCCAUUUCAAUCGCAUGGGGAUACACAGUCCAGCUGUACCCAAAGCUGGUGUAUGCCAAAGAUCUCGGGACGCCAUUUCUGACGUUCUCGACGUGGAAGUCGUGGGCAGAUGGUCCUUUCACUUUUAACGUGCGGGAGAUGAGCUGGGACCCGUGCGAGAGGCCUCUGGUUUUUUACCUGGACAGUGUUGGUGGCUUGGGGGAUGGCAGCACAGUGACCAAUUACACUAGGUCAGGAGUAGUGGGAGGAGACAAAUGUGGGAAGGAUGAGUAUAAGCCUGCCCUCAUGGUUCAGUCCUUCAAUGUAUCUGCUCAAGUUUUGAGCCCGGACAUCUGGAAAAAGGCACCACGCCGGCAAUGCUGCGAUGUGGUGGACGACGGAAAUGGAAUGGGCGGUGUAGUGCAAGUCAAAGUUAGAGGAUGCAAUCGGUGGGAUUCAGUAACGCCUCCGUGAGCUGACCUAUACAUCACAUACCAUUUUCAUCAAUUUUAUCUGUACAAUAUUGAAUUGUAUCCUUUGUAUAUUUAUGUGAUAACUCAUUUGUCUAGCUAGCACACUAGUUCAAUGGUUGAAAUUACAAAAUAUAGAACACACAUGAAAUUGCCUUAGGAGUAACUCAGAUCAUCUGGGGGAUUUUAAAACAAUAGUGUCAUGUUUUUAUUAUCCAAAUAUG